AUGUCGGGUCGUGGCAAGCAGGGCGGCAAGGCGCGCGCCAAGGCCAAGUCGCGCUCGUCGCGCGCGGGGCUGCAGUUCCCCGUGGGCCGCGUGCACCGGUUGCUCCGCAAGGGCAACUAUUCCGAGCGCGUGGGCGCCGGCGCCCCGGUCUAUCUGGCCGCGGUGCUGGAGUACCUGACUGCCGAGAUCCUGGAGCUUGCCGGCAACGCGGCGCGCGACAACAAGAAGACGCGCAUCAUCCCUCGCCACCUGCAGCUGGCCAUCCGCAACGACGAGGAGCUCAACAAGCUGCUGGGCCGCGUGACCAUCGCGCAGGGCGGCGUCCUGCCCAACAUCCAGGCCGUGCUGCUGCCCAAGAAGACAGAGAGCCACCACAAGGCCAAGGGCAAGUGAGGCCACCCGCCGCCCCCGGGGCCCCUUUGAUGGACAUAAAGGCUCUUUUCAGAGCCACCUACCAUCUCGAGAAAAGAGCCGCACUGAUCCUGCAGUUCUUUAUAGGCCGGAGGCCUGAUCACCCUAGGCUCCUGAAUGAGCGCAGUGGCCAUGGGGAAGGGCGCAACGGGAACCGAGACCCUGGGGACUGAUUGGGCCGCAUAUACUCGUGAGGUGGGCAACGUGUUCUGUUAACAGCAGGGAACCCUCGUCCACAGGUGGCCACCCCUUGCUCUUGAGUCCCACCCAAAACCUCUAGUAGGGUUUUAAUAACGCUCAGCGUAAAGGUGUCUUCAUAAUUACUAGUGACAAGUUCUCUUGACUCUGGCAAGGUUCCCGUGUGGUCAUCAAGUACAGAAUGCAAUUUCUUAACGAUUUAUCUGAUAUUAAAAGUAUUUAUGAUCUCUAA